AUGGCUUCUCUGGUUCUCUCUAAGUCACUCUUGCUUUUCUUCUUCUCCUUUGCAAUGAUAUGUCUCUCUUCUUGUAUUCCUAGUAGUGAGAAAUCCAUUCUAAAUUACGAUGAUGAUCUUGACAAGUUGACCUCAGAGGAAGACACGCCUGAGCUAUUCCGAGUAUGGCAGAAGGGAUACAAGAGAGAAUAUCAAACCCUAGAAGAGAAGUUAAAGAGAUUUGAGAUUUUCAUCAACAAUGUCAAAUAUAUCAGAGACAGAAAUACAGAAAGAACAUCAUUCUACGACUAUCAUUUGGGUUUGAACCAAUUCGCAGAUAUGACGGAUGAGGAAUUCAAAGAAAUCUGCUUAAUUGAGACAGAGGCCAUAGUGGGAGGCAAACCCGGAGAGGCCGAUGAUGAUUACUGUCCAAAUGCACUUGAUUCCUUGGAUUGGAGGGACUUAGGAGCUGUUAAAGAUCAAGGACAAUGUGAACAACAACUUAUGUCAUGUGAUCCUUAUAAUUAUGGCUGCCGAGGAGGCUAUGAUGACAGAGCGUUCGAAUAUUUCAUCAACAAUGGUGGAAUUGCCUCUGAGGCUGAUUAUUCUUAUACAGCUGAGAAUGGUACCUGCAAUCACCGAAAGGCAAAAAAGAUCGCUGUUACUAUUGAUGGCUAUCAAAAUGUGACUUCCUUAUCAGAAAAUUCUCUCUUCUAA